AUGGCCCUCGUCGGCAUCUCACAGAUGCAUAGACCCCAGACCUUGCUGAUACGCGCUGUCCUGUCAACAUCAGCACUUCGCUUAAACGAGAGCCUGACACGAAGCUGUCUCCAACGGUCUAUCACCACCCCCUCCCCAUCUAGCCAGAAGCCUUCGCCUCGUGCUCAGUUGCACCCGAAAGGUCUACAGUGCACAAGUUGCGGUGCACAAUAUAGUACUGGCAGCUGGUAUGGGAGAGUAGGCGGACCAACCUGUCGGCAUUGCUAUGUGCGCCAAAGAACAGAACGAAUCAAAUCCGCCGGUAUGAAGUGUUUGGACUGUGGGAAAGACAGCCUUUACUGGUACACACACCCGAGUGGACCAGUGCAACGAUGUUUGAGUUGCUAUCGCCGAGCGAAAUUGGAACAAGAUACACUCUCUGGUCGGGUGUGCCGGGAUUGCGGUACUGGCAAAACACAUAAAUGGUUCUCGCACCCCGACGGUGAUGACUUCUCGAGAUGUUCCCCGUGCUAUCGACGCGCUCAGUUGGAAGCCGCCACACCCGCUGGUCGCGUCUGUCGGAGUUGUGGAACAGGCAAGACAAGUCAAAUUUGGCUCAGCCAUUCAAAUAGGGACGGAUCUUAUCUAUGCAAUGCGUGUUACCUACGUGCGUGGAAACGUCGCGCGGUGGUAAACGCCACACUCGCUGGUCGCGUCUGUCGGAGCUGUGGAACAGGCAAGACAAGUCAAUGGCAUCCAGAUAGGGACGGAUCUCAUCUAUGCAACGCGUGUUACCUACGUGCGUGGAGACGUCGCGUGUUGGUCAAGGAGCACUCGGCGAAGUCGAUAGAACAGGGGGAUGUGAAACGGGCCUCCGAGGAUGGGGAGCGGAAUACAAUCCUUCAUAGUGAUCCAAUCAAGUUCGACCGCUAA